AUUUUUUGAGCAUGCGCACAUCUUGCAUCUAGCAGACGAUGGCCACUACAUGACAGACGAAGGGUAACAGAUAGGGUAGAUAUCCGUAAACAUCAUAGGAAGCAACAUGGACCUCGGGCGGAGGGGAAGAAAGCAGCAACAUAUUGUUCGGAAAAGCAUUAUCACCGGCAAUGCAGAAUUAUCGGAAAGAACCAUCAACUACGCGAAAACACAUUCGUUUUAUGCGAACCACCCUAGUCAACGUUUCAUGCAAAAUGUCCACAGAGGACGAAAGGAUGCCCCAACAAAUCAAUAUUCAAAACAGGAAAGAGUGGACAAGCAGCCAAAUACAAGAGGACAAAGAAGGACAGGAACGACAGACAGAGUAAGAGGCAGUCUUUUUCAGCCAACCUUUACACUGUCACUGGUGGAACCUUCAAUAGCAGAAAGAAGAAGACUUAACAUCAAAACAAAGCUGUUCACGUCCUCAGAUACAUGUUUCACUAGGCUUGAGGAACAAGAAAUAAACCAGAGAGCAGAUGAGUAUGCACUGUCAACUUUGGCACAAAGUGAAUUCUACAUCCUACCAGAGAAUGUCAACAAUGAGGAAUCACAGUCCACCAGUGGUGGCAAGUCCAUGUUGCAAGGAGCAGAAUCCACAAAGGAAAGAGCAAAGAGAAAACGCAGAUCCUACAGCAACAUUGACUGCUUUGUUACACAGUCAAGGAAGGAAGUUGCCCAUGGAGAUUUUCACUUUCUACCACCUGGUACAAAAUUACUGAAACCACCCAAGAAGCUGGUGGAGCUUGUAGCUGAGGCCAUUGACCAGAGUCCAGAUGGUCUUUUACAAGUCCAACAGAUCUAUACUGUUUUACAAAACAAGUUUCCUUACUUCCAGUACAUUGAUAAACUUGCCAUCAACAGUUGGAGGAGUUCUAUACGCCAUGCACUUUACCAGAAGUGGUUCCGAAAGAUUCGCUUUUCAACAGAAGCCAUUAGCACAAAAGGUUGUUUCUGGGCUAUAAACCGUUCCCUUGCUCCCAAUGAAUGGAUUGUUCCUUACAACCCAGACCAUUGCAUGAUUUCUCAAACACCCAAACCAAAGUCAACAACACCCUUUUUGGACAUGCUGCAAGUACCAAGUGGUGAAGAUGAACACCUCAAGGAUGUAAUUCAGAUAGCCAAGGAAUACGGUAUCAGCUUCCCAGAAUGUGUUGCAGAAGCCAAAGGAGAGUUUCAGUCUCUCCAGGUUCUGAAUGUCCCUUCCCCUGUUCGAGACCCAGACCCAAUCUUAGUAGCAUGCGUACCAGACAGAUCAGCUAACACACCCAAGGCUGUAGCAUUCCCAGCCUACUUUGACACUGAUGAAGGUUUUGAUGAAAUGCCGUUGAAGUUGACUCCGAAGAAGGUAAGUCCUGUGACUGGCAACACCUCUGACGGCAACACCAACUCAUGCUGCACUUCCCCAAAUGACGACUCACUGCUUGCCUGGACUUCCCUCAGUUUUGACGAUCUGCCUAAUCUGUUCUCCCCAACAUUCAGCAUUCAUCCCUAUGGCAUGCCAGUCUUCCCUGAUCAUUAGAUCUGGAUCAGUCAAUCCAAAACAUAUGUUAGCUACCGGCAUAUCAAGCACUAUAUCAUACCUUGAUAUUCACAUGGAUUCAAUUAAAUGUGGCCAUUUAACCUUGAUCACUACUUACACUGUAUAUACGGUAAUUAUAAAUGGAUGUCAUCUUUAAUAUUUUCUUCUGGAGCAGAGACUGAACUACAGUAUCAAAUGCUUGUCUUUGCAGCACUUUGAGUGGAACAAUACUGACGAUGUAAACAUAAGCUGUCAUACAAGUCUUGAAAUGAAAAUGAAUAUAUAAAAAGCCAUUCUCACUAAGAUGUGUGAUGAUGUUCGGUUUCUAGAUUCCUUUCUUUUAUCCAUCCACUUCUUAGUCUAGACAAUUCAUCAUUUUAUACAUAGGUAUUCUCUUAUUUGGUAUGUGCAUGCAUAUGUAUAAUACUUGGGUGUCAGUAGUUUCACUUUCCCGUAUCUAUGCUAGGAGGAAGGUCAUCAUGUGUAUCUUUUCGUAUUUUAUUUUAUGUGGCAGUGCCUGAGAAACAUGAAUAUUUUUUGUAGCUUUGCAUGUUAUACAAAAUUACCAAGUAAAAUGGACCUAUAAUAAUUUUUCAAUGGAUUUCUUGUGAAACAUGUAAUGUGAUGCAUUACUGAAGAAUAUUAUUAAUGACACAUCAUACUUUCAUGAUCUAAUGAUACAAUAUUUUUCUUUCAUUUUCUUUUUGUGCUGUGUAUGGUUUAUUUUCAUUGUACAUAUACUUUUUUUGUCUGAAUAAAUCUGACAUAUUACUCAAAUGCAUUUCCUUAUACUAGUGAGUGAGUAUGGUUUUACACAGCUUUUUA